AUGCAGACGGUAAGUGUCGGCGCUGUGACGGCCUUCACGUCCUCCGAGGAGAUGGACAUCGCUGACGGCAGCAAGGAACCACGCGCGAUCACGGCAGAGAUCCUGCCUCUCUACGAGCCAUCCACGCUCUCGCGCACCUCACCCACCAGCCUGCCGGAGUUGGAGCGUGUCUCAGCAGCCGCCCACCCUUGUCAGACCUCCAAAGCAACGUCUCGUCACCACAGUCUGUUCGAGCCAGUUCGAGAGACAUCAAAGAGGAGGAAGAUAGCGCAGGGGGCGAGCGAUGCUUGGAGGGCUGUCAAGAGGGCGGCGCUGAGGGUGAGGGAGGCCACGAGACGACGUUGA